AUGGUGAACUUUGCCUUCAUGCCAGUUUUACUCUGCAUCUUCAGUUGGAUCUCAUCCUCUCUCACACAGUUUUACACUGUGGAGGUUCAGCCUGGUGAAGAUGUCACACUGCGCUGCUCCAACCUUAGCAGUAUGGUCUCUCACGUACACUGGUUCAAAAUGACCAGCAGUCCCAGCGUCAGCUGCAUCUCCUCUAUGAUAAGCCCAGUAAGGAAUUUUUCUUUCUGUGAUGAUGGAUUUCAAAAUGGCAAAUUUAGAAUGACAUCCAACACCUCUGUGGUAUAUCUCAAAAUCAAACAAGUGGAUCUAUCAGACUCUGGACUGUAUUUCUGUGGAGAGAAACUCAAUAACAAGUCAGUAAUUUCAAGUGGAACACAUUUGAAGGUUUUAGAAGCAUCUGAUGCAUUAACAAAUCUGGCGAGUGUGAUCCUCGGGGGUUUAACUGUUUUCCUUCUACUGGUCAUCAUGAGUCUGGCUGUCAAAAUCAGGAGAUUUCAUACAGCUCAAGAUGAGAGGCAGAAUCCACAACACAAUGAGAAUGUGGAAUCUGAUGCCAUGAACUAUGCAGCUCUGAGUUUUCAUCCAAAAGAAAAUUUCCGGAGGGCUGCACCACACAAAGAGUCACAUGUGACAUAUGCUGCAACAAGAUAG